AUGAAAAAUUCAUAUCUAACUUUUAAUAUUGGAGCAUGGCCUAUAGAAAAAGAAGAAUUGACUAAUUCUCAUGUACAAUGUCGAGAAGUAACAUCAACAGAAAAUAAUCAACUUUUUUGGACAAAAGUUUUUCUACAAACAAGUUCAUAUGAUGAAAAACGUUAUCGACAAAUUGCUUCGAAUGCAUGUGAACGCAUUGUUCAAGAACAGACAAAGAAGUCUCCAUCAAGAUCAAUUUUUCAUCGUUCAUCCAGUAUUAUAGCUGUAAGUUUAAGUGAAACAAAUACAAGACAAAAUAGUUCAAAUAAUCAUUCAACAACAAAAACAAUAACUAAACCAAAUAAUUCAAGAAAAAAAUCAUCUUAUACAAGAUUUUCAUGUUAUUUAAAAUCUCAUAAUACAAAUAAUCAUUCAAAACAAAUUAAAAAGAAAUUAUCAACAACAGUUUUACCAAAAAAUAAUAAUUAUUAUCAUGAAAAAAUUAAAUGCUUAUCGUCAAGAAAAAGAAUUCCUAGAUUAAAUAAUGAAUAUCAUCAAAAAAUUUGUCAAAAAUGUUUAAAAUUAAUUCAAACUAAUUCACCACAUAUGUCAUCAAAUUUAUUUUGUCAAUCAUGUUUUAAUUUAAUUCAAAAUUCAAAUAAUAAUAAUAAUACAAUCUCAAUAAAAAAAAAUUCUUUAAAUAAAAAUGAAGAAAAUGAAUUACGUCAAAUAAUUGAAAUAAUUAUUGAAGAAUUUCAAGAUCAUUUUGAUCAUGCAUUAAAUUUAUCUAUUAAACAAAUGACUCAACAUUUACUUUCGAAUAUAAAUCUUUUCUAUAAUCAUUAUCAACAAGAAUUUAAACAAUUAACAAAAAAAUAUCGUUUUGAAUUUCUUGAACGUUUUAUAAAAUUAAUGAAUAAAUAUCAAAAGUCUCAAACAAAAAUCAAUAAUAAUAUUAUUCAAAAAACUAAAUUACCAAUAUCUGAUCGAGUAAUUUGA